UCAUGACUUGCCUGUGACUUGCUGUGAGGCCCAAAAAAAAAAAAGCUACUUACCAUCUUCUCAAAAAGCAGUAGUAAUAAUAAUAUGCUCCAGAAAUUCAAUUGGUUUUUCCCUUAUAUCAAACAUGUAGUAGUAUCAUUUUCUUCCAUCAAUAAACGAUGUACUCGCCAAAUUUCCCUUUCUUCCUUCCCUCCAAACUCCCCAUAUUUAAAAUCUCUCUGUUACAACGGUCACCUCAAAGAAGCCUUGCUAGAGAUGGCCCUUCAAGGCCCCGAAAUGAGGUUCGAAGGCUAUGACACGCUCUUAAAUGAGUGCAUAAACCAAAGGGCCAUCAGAGAAGGCCAAAGGGUCCAUACCCACAUGAUCAAAACCUGUUAUCUCCCUCCUGUCUACCUCAGGACCAGGCUUAUCGUUCUGUACUGUAAGUGUGAGUGUUUAUGUGAUGCGCGGCAAGUGCUCGAUGAAAUGCCUGAAAGGAACGUGGUUUCAUGGACGGCCAUGAUUUCAGCCUAUUCUCAGAGACGGUAUGCCUCCGAAGCCUUGAAUCUUUUUGUACAGAUGUUGAGAUCAGGUACUGAGCCUAAUGAGUUCACUUUUGCUACUGUACUUACUUCUUGUAUAGGUUCCAAUGGGCUUAACCUGGGAAGGCAAGUCCACUCUUUCAUAAUUAAAACAAGUUUUGAAUCCCAUAUAUAUGUUGGGAGCUCGCUUCUUGACAUGUAUGCCAAAGCUGGUAGAAUUCAUGAAGCUCAUGGAGUUUUUGAAAGCUUGCCAGAAAGAGACGUUGUUUCUUGUACUGCUAUAAUCUCAGGCUAUGCCCAACUAGGCCAUGAUGAAGAAGCACUGGAGCUAUUCCGUAGGUUGCAGAUGGAAGGAAUGAGUUCAAAUUAUGUCACAUAUGCCAGUGUUUUAACUGCAUUAUCUGGUCUUUCUGCAUUAGAUCAUGGAAAGCAAGUUCACAAUCAUGUCCUUCGAUCUGAACUACCCUCAUAUGUGGUUCUUCAGAACUCUCUAAUUGAUAUGUAUUCAAAAUGUGGAAGCCUUAACUACUCUAGAAGGAUCUUUGAUAGUAUGCAUGAGAGAACUGUCAUCUCAUGGAAUGCAACGCUCAUGGGGUAUAGCAAGUAUGGAAUGGGAAGAGAGGUGGUUGAGCUUUUUGAAUUAAUGAGAGAAGAAAAUAAAGUCAAACCUGACAGCGUCACUAUUUUGGCCGUUUUAUCAGGUUGCAGCCAUGGAGGAAUGGAAGAAAAGGGACUGGAAAUUUUCUUUGAGAUGGAAAAUGGGAAGCUCGGUGUUGAGCCAGUGAUUGAGCACUAUGGGUGUGCUGUUGAUUUGCUUGGGCGUGCUGGCCAAGUAGAAGAGGCUUUUAAGUUUAUCAAAAAGAUGCCUUUUGAGCCAACUGCUGCUAUAUGGGGUUCACUUUUAGGUGCAUGUAGAGCUCACUCAAACAUUGACAUUGGUGAAUUUGUGGGCCGUCGACUUUUAGAAAUUGAGCCUGAAAAUGCUGGGAAUUAUGUAAUUCUUUCCAAUUUAUACGCUUCUGUAGGAAGAUGGGAAGAUGUAAGAACUUUAAGGGAAUUGAUGAGUGAGAACGCUGUGAUAAAGGAGCCAGGAAGAAGUUGGAUUGAGCUCGAUCAAAUCCUUCACACUUUCUGUUAAAUCACUGAUUGUCCUAAAAGAUUAAGUUAUUGGGAUAUGAUAAAUUUAAUUAUUUAACCACUCUGUUGACGUGAGCCCGUGUGACUUGUAUUGCUAAGCCCAAGUCGAUCACCUUAUUUGA